AUGACAACGUUACCACCGAUUCAACCACGUCCAAUUUUAUGUAAAACAACAACAAAUAAUAUACAGUCAUCAUCAUCAUCGUCAUCGUCUGUUUUUCUUAUUCAUUCAUCAACUCAACCUUCAACUGUGACAAACACAAAUUUUUACUCAACAAAUACUGAUUUAACGAAUAAUAAUAAUUCAUCACAAGCUCUUCCUCCUCCUUCCGCACCAUUAUCUUCGUAUGAAGAAUUUCUUAAACGUCUUCGAGAAUUUCAUCGAUGUCGCCAAACAACAUUUCGUUGUUUACCAACAAUUGCUGGACAAGUUGUUGAUUUACAAGCACUAUACACAACAGUUGUUGGUCUUGGUGGCUGGGAUAAAGUAAAUGAUCGACAAUUAUGGUCAACUAUUGCAAAUAAUUUUGGUAUUGAUUCAUCGUGUCUUAAUGGUACACAAGCUUUAAAAAAUAUUUAUAUUCGAUAUUUAUAUGCAUUUGAAAAAAUAAGCAAUGGUGAAAAUAUCGAUUCACAUGAUGAUGAUGAUGAAGAUUCUAAACGACGUAAUGUUUCUCAAUUACAGCGUGUGCCACAGUCAUAUAACCAUGGUCAACAUGUCGUUUCCGAUUCAUUACGUGCUCAAUACGGUCUUUUUCGUGAUUUUGUUCGUCGAAAUGAAUAUGAAAAAUUAGAAUUAGCAUUAUUAUGUGGUUUUCCAAAUGAAUUAACAUUUACAUUAAAUACUUUAUUAUUAUUAUCAUCAACAACAAAUAAUCAAACAUUAUUUCAUUUAUAUAAAUGUCCACGUUUAUUAGAUAUACUUUUUCGUCAAAUUGGUUUAUUUAUAUCGACUGAUACAUCAAAUAAUGAUCAUUGUUUAAAAAUUCUAUAUGAUAAUAUUUGGUCAAAACAUUUAAAUUAUUAUAUGGAACAAUUUUGGAUUAAUUCAUGUUCAUCUGAAAUUGUUAAACAAUUAUUAAAUAUUGAUAUUAAUAAAAAUCAUAAACAUUUAUAUAAUAAUUUUAAUCUUAAUUCAAAUGAAAAUCAACAACAACAAGAACUUCGUAUUGAACAAAUAUUAAUGAUAAUACGUAAUCUUUCAUUUGAUCGUACAAAUGCUAUUUAUUUACUUGAUACAAUACGUUCAUCAACAUCAAUAACUUAUAUAUUUUUAUUAUUAAUAUCAUAUUGUGAAAACAAAAUUGAAUUACAAAAAUAUGCUUAUGAUAUAUGGUCUAAUUUAGCAUUAUAUAUGCAUUUACGUUUAAUUAGUAAUGAUGAAGGAUGUUUAAUUCGACAAUUAUUAAAUGAUAUGUUAAAUGGUAAUGAAAAUAAUGGACAAGAGGAUCGUUUAAAAAUUAUUCGUGCACUUGAAAUUAUUGCUAAUUUAGCUCAAGCUGGAAAUGAUAAUGGAAUUUAUUUAAUUGAUUUUAUUGAUAUUAUUAUUCAAAGACUUAUUCAUGUAUCGGAUAUACUUGUAUUAGUACAUACAUUAGAAUGUUUAUAUCAAUUAUCAGAAUUAGGUGAACAAUUGUGCAAUGCUAUACUUAAAGUGCAAUCAUCAGCAUCAGUUAUAACAACAUUAAUUGAUUUAUUAACAAUUGAAGCACGUAGUUUUUCAUCUCAAACAAUAAAAACAAUUAAAAUAGUUGAAAUGUCAUCAGGUCCUGUACUUUUGCCAUCUUAUCAUCAACCACCAUUAACGCAACAGACAACAAAUGUAUCACAAUCUGUUGUUGUUAUUUCAACAACUCAACAGCAACAACAACAGCAGCUACAGCAACCGACAUAUGCUAUUGAAAAUACAGAAAUAAACAAAAGUUAUUAUAGUAACAAUAAUAAACUUAUUAUUCAACAAUAUUCAAAACCAAUGACUGUAGCAAGUGUUAUUUCAUCAGGAAAUCUUUUAACUGUUGCAACACCACCAACACAAAAUGCAUCAACAACACCAAUUAUGCUCGAUUCAUAUAAAAAUCGUUUACAAGCUGUAACACGAGAAAAACAAAUUCUUGAAACACGUUAUGGUCAACUGGUUGAAGAACAUCAGAAAUUAAAAACACGUUUUGAAGAUAUUCAAAUUAAACAUCGUUCAGAAGAACAACAACUUCGACAAUAUCGUCUUAAUCAAGAACAGUUAAAUCAAGAAUUAUUAACAGCUCGUCGUUCAUCUGAACAACAAUUAUUAGCAUUAAAUGCAAAAAGUCAAGAUGCAUUAAGUAAAAUUACAUUAGAAUUAAAUCGUACACAACGACGUUUAAAUGAAUAUGAGAGAUUUACUAAUGGUUUGCUUCAUGAAAUGAUUCGACGAAGUAUACAAAUGAAUGAUAUUCUUAAAAGAGCACGUGAACAUCAAAGGCAACGUGAAUCAUUUUCAAUGACAUUGCCUGGUUAUGAUACAGCAAUGAAUACUGCAAGUAAAAUACUUAAUUUAACUCAAGAUGAUCUCGAUGAUAUUAUGUCUACUACAGACGAAAGUUUUCAAGCACAUUCUAAACCUGAUAAUAGCGAUAAAAAUGAAAAAAUAAGACAAAAAGUAUCGAAAUUACUUGUUUCACAAGAAGAGUUUUCUGGUAAACUUUUGAAAAUAUUCAGUAAACAAUUAGAUGAAAUACAAGAAGCAGACAGAAAUUUAUCCACUAUUCGAAAUACAUAG